UUUCUUUUUUUUUUUUUUUUAUCUCGAGGUAACUUUUAUCGCGACGUUUAUCGAGGUAACUUUCAUCUCACCGUUCCCGCCGAGCAGUGGCUCGAGCAAAAAUUCCAAGCGAAAAAUAUGAAUUGCACGACGGCAGUGUCGCGUCAACGAGCGCCGUCGGGUUCACCUUAGUCGCCCCACCACUUGGAUAGGGUGCCACUCGCGGUCCCCUCGUCUGGACCUGACGGUCCCCGGUCCCUGGCGGAUGUAAGACGGUGUUUCCACUCACCGCGAGGUGAUACCGAGGAAAACAUCGACGGAGAUCCGUCUCGCGCGAUCCGUGUUAUGACUGUGCCGAACUGAACGACGCGACCGUCGGUGAUAUCGAUCAGUGAUGUUAGUUUAUGAUCAGUAAUAGCACGAGGCCGAUCUCACGAGAAGAUUUCGGGACGGGGAUCGUAGUGCGCGCUGGAAAUAUCGAAGCGAGAGUAAAAUGACGCAUGGAUCGUGAAAGAAAAUGACAACCGCGGAAGUGCAAGAAGAUAUAAAACAAUGACAUGAAUAUGAUAAUGUGAAUAUCGAACUACCCUGAAAUUCCGCAGCAAAUUGGUAUCGACGUCGACAAAGGGGUCACUCAAAUACCGUUUUAUAUUCCGUGCAUGUCGAGCUGAAUGUUUCUACGAUGGUCUUCUUCGGGAGGAAAGAAAAGCUGGAGGAUCGCCGGUUACUGGCCAGCACGGAGUCUAUGAAUGGCGUGAAAAUCUAUCAAAUCGACAAUGCCGCGUUCAUGCACGUGCGCGACAACAUCGAGGAACUGGGCAAAGUCGCCGACGACACGGACCUGCUGUUCCUGAAGGGUCUCCUCGACAGCCCGGUCGUCACGUCGCUCGUGAAGGUCCAGGAGCGUCUCGAGGAUCCACCGGCGCCCGUGGAGCCGGUAUGCUCGUGUGUCUGUGACAUCGUCGACGAGGUGUGCCACGUUUACCGCACCUCCGGUAACCCACACGCCCGAGAGCUGGUGAACCUCCUAAGCAAGUCACAUCUCAGGGCACUCUUGGAGACGCACGACGCGGUGGUGGAACGCAGAGAAGCACCUGCCAAGCCGAAUCCCCCGCCUGCAGUGACGAUGCCAACAAACGAAAGAACAGAGGCCGUCAGGGUGGUCGGCCUCAGAAGGCAGUCGGAUGAACCUUUGGGGCUAACGGUGCAGGUCGACGAGUCGGGCAACAUGAUCAUCGCCAGGAUUCUUGGUGGCAGCACGGCGGCUCGUCAGGGUCUCCUGAGAACGGGCGAGGUGAUACUCGAGGUGAACGGCAAGCAUGUGCGGAACCCGGAGGAGCUGCAGCGUGCGAUUCAGGACGCCAAAGAGAAUCUGUCUCUGAAACUCGCGCCGGGUAUCGCGACGGACACAAACCGACCUGUCAAAUCCACGUGUUACAUGAGAGCUCUGUUUGACUACGACCCUUCGGAGGACACGCUCUUGCCCUGCAGAGAGAUAGGUUUGUCCUUCCAAAAGGGCGACAUCCUGCAGAUCGUCGAUCAAGCUGAUCCCAACUGGUGGCAGGCGCGCAGGGUAGAGGGUGAAGGUCUUGGGUCGCCUGGUUUGAUACCCUCGUUGGAACUGGAGGAACGCAGGAAAGCCUUCGUGCCGCCCGAAGCCGACUUCGUUCACAAGAUUAGCAUCUGCGGCACUAGGAUCUCGAAGAAAAAGAAGAGGAAGAUGUAUCAGUCCAAAUCGAACGGCGAGUUCGACAGUGCUGAGUUACUUCUUUACGAAGAAGUCGCGCGAAUGCCGCCGUUUCGGCGCAAAACCUUGGCCCUGGUAGGACCGCGCGGCGUAGGCCGACGAACCCUGAAGAACAGGCUGAUCAACAGCGACCCCGAGAAGUUCGGCACUAUUGUACCUUACACGUCAAGGCCGCCCAGAGUCCUCGAAGAGGACGGUAAGAGCUACUGGUUUACCGAUCGCGAGGCUAUGGAGACCGAUAUCAGGGAGCACAGGUUUCUGGAGCACGGCGAGCACGGUGGACACCUGUACGGCACGAAACUGGACUCCGUGCGUGAUUUGAUCAGAGCCGGCAAGAUGUGCGUGCUAGAUUGCAGUCCAGCCGCCCUCAAGAUCCUUCACAACAGCACGGAAUUCAUGCCUUACGUCAUAUUUAUCGCCGCGCCCGGCAUGGAACAGCUGAAGUCCCUGUACGAUCUCGGCAGGUCGACCGGUGCAAGCAGUCGGAAUUUAACGUUCGACCGCCAGAGUUCCAUCAGAUACAGCUCGAGGAGAGCCCGGACACUGGAGUCCCUCGCAUCUCUAUACGAGGAGGACGAUCUCAAGUCCACCCUAGAGGAAUCCGCUGCCCUACAGAGAGCCUACGAAAAAUACAUCGAUCAGGUGAUCGUGAACGAGGACUUUGAUCACACGUUCAGACAGGUGAUCGCUGCUCUGGACUCCUUAGCUACUGAGCAUCAGUGGGUGCCGGUGAAUUGGAUCUACUAAUCAGUUUUCGUAUGCAGCAUUUGACGAAAGAAUGCGCAGCCUUGUAGCUUGGAACUCCAACAUAUGCGAGAAUUAUAUAUAUAUAUAUAUAUAUAUAUAUAUAUAUAUAUAUAUAUAUAUAUAUAUAUAUAUAUAUAUAU